AUGGUUAAAGCCGUCGCCGUCCUCCGAGGAGAUUCCAAAGUCACCGGGAAUGUGACCUUUGAGCAAAGCUCCGAGUCCUCCCCCACCACCGUCACCUGGGACAUCUCAGGCCAUGACGCCAAUGCUGAGCGAGGCAUGCAUAUCCACCAGUUCGGUGACAACACCAACGGCUGCACAAGCGCAGGCCCCCACUACAACCCGCACGGCAAGACGCACGGCGCCCCGUCCGACGAUGAACGCCACGUUGGCGAUCUAGGCAACUUCAAGACCGACGCCCAGGGCAACUCCAAGGGCAGCGUCAGCGACAGCCUCAUCAAGCUGAUUGGCGAGCACAGUGUUUUGGGCCGAACCAUCGUCGUCCACGCCGGCACCGACGACCUCGGCAAGGGCGGCAGCGAGGAAAGUAAGAAGACCGGUAACGCCGGACCUCGCCCCGCCUGCGGUGUCAUCGGCAUCGCCGCAUAA